AUGUUAACACCUUCUUUAGGGUCUUCCAUAGGAGGUUUUGCCAAUGUUUCCCAUCACCACCCUAUGAUGUUGCCACCACCAAACAACAACAAUGCUUUGCAUGGCCAACAUGAAGGCAAAGUCAUAUGGGAUUUCUCUCAAAAAACCAUGAUUCAUCCAUCUUAUGCUUCUUCUUCUUCCAACUCACCUUCACCUCUUUCUUUUCCUAAUAUUACCCAAUACAAAUGGAAAAGUAAUCAAAAGAUAAAGAUGAAAAAAGAUACUAAUGAUCUCAUAAUCAAAGGGUGGUGGACUCCUGAAGAAGACAGUAGUCUUGUGGAAUUGGUGAAUGAAUUUGGGUUGAAGAAAUGGACCCAAAUUGCAAAAUUUCUACCCGGAAGGAUUGGGAAGCAAUGUCGAGAAAGAUGGUACAACCAUCUUCAGCCAAACAUUAAGAAGGAAUCAUGGACCCUGGAAGAAGACAUGAUUCUGAUGAAAGUUCACCAAGAAAUUGGAAACAAAUGGUCUGAAAUUGCAAAAAGAUUACCUGGGAGAACUGAGAACAACAUAAAAAACCAUUGGAAUGGUAUCAAGCGUCGGCAAGACUAUAAAAGGAACAACAACAAGAACAAUGACAACCCUAAUAAUUACGAUGAAUCAAUGCUCCAUGCAUACAUCAAAAGGGUCACUGUUACUGAAGAAGCUGCAAGAGUUCAGAAGAAAUCUGUCAGCAAGAAUAAUAAGAAGGAUCAAUGUUCAUAUAACAUGCUUGAUGGAAAUACCAAUUUAGCUAGGAAUGUGGGUAUAUGA